GAGAGCGGUUGUGAGAUGGCUCAAGUUUUUCCGGUGGAAGAAAAAGAAAGAAUAUGAAAGAAUGACUGCUGAAGAGAAGAUACUUUACAAACUUAGAAAGGCUCAGAAGAAAGAGGAACGCCUUAUGGAGACGAUGAAAAAACUCGAACCUGCAGAGUCAGCAGAAACAAUGCAUGACCCCGAGAUAUUGACACCCGAGGAGCAUUUCUACUAUCUGAAGAUGGGUUUGAAGUGCAAGAACUACGUUCCUGUCGGAAGGCGGGGAAUAUAUCAGGGAGUGAUCCUGAACAUGCACCUGCACUGGAAGAAGCACCAGACGGUACAGGUCGUGGUCAAGACAUUCACACCAGAGGAGGUGAAGGAAAUUGCCUUUGACUUAGCAAGAUUAACAGGUGGAAUAGUUCUUGACAUCCAUGAAGGGAACACCAUAAUUAUGUACAGAGGGAAGAAUUAUGUUCAGCCUCCUACCGAGAUUAUGUCGCCGAGGAUUACCCUCCCUCGGAAGAAGGCUCUGGACAAAUCCAAAUGCCGGGAUGCUCUUCGGGCUGUCAGAAAGUAUAUUCCCCGGCUUGAACAUGAACUCCAGUUGCGUCGAGCACAGGCUGAGACCAACCGAGAUAACCCUAAUGUUGUAGUUGAUGCCCGAGAAAGCAGCCGGGUUGUGAGUUCAGUCCGGAGGUCAGAGCGGGUAAAGGAGAUUAUAGAAAGAAGUGAAGAGGGUUUGGAGGAUGAUGACCGAGAAGAAGCUGAAUCAAAAAUGGCAACGGAUUCGGAAGAUCUCUCAGAUAUUUUUGAAACUGAUUCAGAAUCAGAAACCGAAAAGGCUGAUCGACCACUUUUUCUUACAGAGUUUGAGAAAUUUCCAGCAGUACACGACCGAGAACCCGAAGACUUUGAGGAGCAUUUGCGUAGCAUAUCAUCGGAGUCAAGAAACGCUAAAUCGAAGGUUGAAAAAGAAGAUGACGAUGACUCUCCAGAUUUCGAUGAAGUUGAUAGGAUGUUUCUGAGAGCCGCUUCACUUCUUAAGAAGAAGAGAAGAUGAAGUACUUGUAUACAGACAAAGGUCUAGUCACCUUUCUUGUAUAACUCUUCUCUUAGUUCAUGCCCUUUUGUAGAAUCAGGAAGGUGAACACAAGACUGAAUACACAGAUGAAUGAAUGUGGUUACAUUACACUACAA